GACAACGGUCCGAGGGAGCCUGAGGUCAUCGUCGCCGUUUCUCCCCACCGCAAAACCCACAAUCUUUCAUUGGUCAUCGAUCACUGGGAUAUCCACUGUUGACGAGUACCGACCUGAGGCUCAGCUCACUUGCAUAGUCUUACCACCUUCUCCUUUCAAUCACCAUCGGUCAACUGGGUCAGAGACUCAUUCGUACAAACUCACCCCUCCACCUUUCCUCGACUAACCCCCUUCGCUCCCCUCCACCAUGUCGAAAGACCGCAAGAGUGGAUCCAUCCCUUCGAUGGAGGCGUCCGGAGACAGUUUGACUGAGGAGACUGUCGUUGUUGUCCUAGGUGCAAGUGGAGAUUUGGCUCAGAAAAAGACGUUCCCAGCUUUGUUUGCGCUAUACGCUCAAGGUCACCUGCCAAAAGAUGUCCACAUUGUAGGAUACGCCAGAACCAAAAUGGACGAGGCAGAGUUUCACAAACGUCAAACUGGACACCUCAAACCACCCAAGGAUGACGAAAAGCUCGCUAAAUCCUUUGACGAGGAUGUCAAAGGCUUCACCAGUAUCUCUUCCUACAUUGCCGGACCUUAUGACGAGGAUAAAGGGUUUCAAGAGCUGAACAAGCGACUCGAGGAAAUUGAGGAUCAACGGAAGAGUUCAGGCAAGACAGCGAGGAACAGAGUGUUUUACAUGGCUCUUCCACCUUCCGUUUUCACCGUGGUGGCUAAAGGGUUGAAGAAGAACUGUUACACGAACGAUGGAGAUAACAGGAUCAUCAUUGAGAAACCAUUCGGUAAAGACUUUGAAUCCUGUCGAGAAAUGAUGUCAGCUCUCAAAGCUGAAUGGACGGAGAAUGAGACGUAUCGAAUUGAUCAUUAUCUAGGAAAGGAAAUGAUCAAAAACCUCUUGGUCCUCAGAUUCGGCAAUGUCUUCCUUGAUGCCGCUCUUAACAAGAACUACGUUAGCAAUGUCCAAAUCACCUUCAAGGAGCCUUUCGGAACAGAGGGACGAGGUGGAUACUUUGACGAAUUUGGAAUCAUCAGAGACGUCUGCCAGAACCACCUCAUGCAGACCUUGUCUGUGCUUGCCAUGGAGCGACCCGUCUCCUUUUCUGCAGAAGACGUCCGAGAUGAGAAGGUCAAAGUCCUACGCUGCAUUCCUCCCAUCGAGCGCAAGGACUUGUUGCUCGGCCAAUACGCCGCUUCAGGCGACAAACCAGGAUACCAUGAUGACGACACUGUCCCCAAGGACUCUGUCAGCCCGACAUUUGCUGCCAUGGUUCUAUGGAUUAACAAUCCACGUUGGGAGGGUGUCCCCUUCAUCAUGAAGGCAGGAAAGGCACUGAACGAGUCCAAAGUGGAGAUCCGUAUUCAGUACAAAGACGUAACUCAGGGAAUCUUUACCGACAUUUCUCGAAACGAAUUGGUUCUUCGAAUCCAACCCUCUGAAGCCGUCUACCUGAAAAUGAAUUCUAAACUUCCUGGAUUCUCCACCCGCGCUGUCCCUGUCGAACUCGAUCUCUCCUACACGAAACGGUUUACCGAGGCCAAGAUUCCUCAAGCUUAUGAAGCGCUCAUUCUCGACGCUUUCAAAGGAGAUCACUCCAACUUCGUCAGAGAUGACGAAUUGGAUGUCUCCUGGAAAAUCUUCACUCCCAUUUUGCAUUGGAUCGAUGGGAAAGAUGGCGAAAAACCAAAGGUUGAAUCUUACCCGUACGGAUCUAGAGGACCAGAAGGGAUCGAUGAGUUUACUGCAAAGUACGGAUACAAGAGGAUCGGCAAUGAGGAUUAUCAAUGGCCUCAGACCAAUGUCGCUGCCAGUCUCUAAAGGGGACAGUGUCUUGGUGUGCCCGAGAGAAUGAACACCAAAAAAAAAGAGGAAAUGAUCGCUCGCUUCUCCAGCCCCUCUUAGACACUUCCACAUGACGAGCAGCCUCCCAGAUGUAUAUAUGUAUACAUGCAUAUAAAGAGGAAUGUGCAUCCGA